UGGAACUGGAGGAAAAACCUGCCCCUAUUCUUCAACACUCAUGGGACAGAAAACCUAGCGACAUGAAAGCUAUGGGUGAUUUUCCAACGGAUGACCAAGGGAAGGCUGGGAAAAAUGAAAAGGCUUUAAACAGCUCGACCGAUGUCGACGGCAGUUCUGUAACAAUUAUUGAAAACAGUCCAGCUACAUCGUUUUACAUUCAAGAAACUCCCCGAGGCAUAGUGGAAAGUCCAAAAAGUGAAAAGUGGAGUGAUUUUGCUCAAAACACAAGCCUUCAUGGUUUCCGGAAUAUGUUUUUUCGGGCUUCUCUUUAUGUGCGAAUAUUGUGGCUUGUAUUACUACUGGUUUCAAUUUGUUUGAUCCUGUAUCUCAUGUCUAAAAGCAUUAGCAAGUAUUUUCAAUUCCCCAUUGCUACAGUCAUGAGGAUCCAACACCCAGAUACAAUGGUUUUUCCUGCGGUUACUUUGUGUCCCAUGACAAAGUUCACGAAGAGCAAAAUUUUCAUGACAGACGAUGAUGCAAUGUUUGAACCAUUGGGGCUAGACUUACCCGUCUGUAAUGCAACAGCACAUGUAAGAAAUGGAAGGCCAUGUGGAGAAGCCCUGCUAUGCUGCUGCGCAUCACACGUCCAAGACAUUCCUAUGGUUCUCAGUAACUGCACCGAUGAAUACAAGAGAGAACUUCUGGAGGUUAUAAGGAAAGACAAGAAAUCUUUCGACGACAAGAAAUUCCAGGAAGCCUAUGGUCCAGAUCUGCAGAGAAAUCUAACAUGUCGUUUCGGUUCAUUGGAUUCCAGGUGCUCCAACGAGGAUUUUUUGCCUACUGUGACAGAGUUGGGUCUCUGCUUCACAUUCAACUCAGGGCAGAAUGGCAAGGAAAUAAGGAAAGUGUCUCGUAGCGACUCAGCAUGGGAGCUACAUGUAGAAUUAGACCUUCACUUGGAUGACCAUUUGGCUGGGUUUCUUUCCGAGGGGAUCUUCGUCAUUAUUCAUGAUCAGGGAGUAUAUAUAAACUCUGCAGAUACUGUCCUUGUGGCUCCCGGGAGUUAUGUUCGUAUCAACGUUAAACGAAAAGUGUAUCGAAACAAGAAAAGGCCCUACGAGACGGAGUGCACCGACUCAAAAAGGCUUGCUGGUUUUCCGAAGUAUGACUCUGACGGAUGUUAUGAGGAAUGUUUGUCAAACACAACAGCAAAGAAAUGUGGCUGUAGGUUACCUUCGCUAGUGGGCUCAGAUCGCUUGAGCGAGCGGAUCUGCUACAGGGAUGACUUUCAAUGUAUUUUAAAGGUGUAUGAAGAGUUGAUCAGCGGUACCCAGUGUGAAUGCCCUCUCGCUUGUGACGUGGUCAAAUACGAAACAAAAACAUCUGCUGCGGCCUACCCAAACCCAUCGCUGAUCAACUACUUGAAAAUGAAGGGAGUUGACAAGACUGAUGACUAUCUCAGAAAGAACCUGAUAAUGCUUGAAGUUGGUUACACCUCUGUUAGUUAUGAACACUUUAAGCAAACGGCUCAGUAUGACAGUACGGCACUCAUGGGAGAGAUUGGUGGUACUCUUGGAUUGUUUCUCGGCUGCAGUGCUGUAACUGUUAUUGAAUUUGUUGACUUCGCCAUCUACUUGUGCUACAUUCGAAAUAAGAAAAACUCCUGAUAUUCAAGCUGUACUUCGUUAAUUGACACUUAACUGUUGGAUGUUCGAUGGUGAAUCCCAAAGGUUAUUAACCGAAUGAGUCAACAUCCACUGAGAUUAUAAAACUUUAAAAGGUGGUAUCUAAUUUUAAUAAGCCUUGUUUGGUAAAGUGAACUUAUUAAAAUGUAGAAAAGCUUUGAUAGGCCGCUCUUGUGACUUGGAAUUGGAUUGAAGUUCAAGGGUACUUGCUGAGACGUUUACUGUCGACAAAAUUGAUUUCAAGAAAGGACAGUCCAAAAUCGUUAAUAUUCGCAGAUUUUUGUCGAUGGAUAUAACUGACAUAUUUACACCCUUAAAAACAUGAAACAAACAUAAAUCGAAACAAAAAGGGUCACUCAAAUAAAAUUCACAUUUUGAUCUGCUUAAUCGACAGCUGGCUAAAUAGGAGUUUUUAAGUUCAUUUAGUAAAUACUGCUUCAAAAUGUAGUGGUUUAUGAUUAACAAAAUGUCCACUGAACUUCAAUAAGAUAUUCUAAGCAAAGUUUACGAAUGGUAACGGCUCAAACAUGAAGAUGCACCGAAAUGUAUUUAGAUAACUAAGUCUUUGCUCAGAACUAACUAAAAGUAUUACCCUGUUUUGAAUGACCAUUAGCCUAAACCCUAGACAUUUUUGAAAAUGCUUCAAGUGUAUGAUGCUAUUUAUGAUACGUUGUUAUUGUUAGAUUUCUAAUCCUUUUUGUUGCUGUUAUUAUUAAAUAACUAUCAUUACUUGGUCCACUAAUAUUUAUUUAAAAAUAUGGACCAAAAUAAGCCGACAGAAAUCCCUCAGCUGAUAGAGAAGGUAGAAGGUGUUAUUUUUUAAAUUUCCCUUUGCUCUGCGUUUGUUAUGAGUAGAAAUUGCUCCAUCCGUA